AUGGCGGUGGAAGAAAUAUCUAGAGCAUACAAACAUGUGGCUGGGGUUGAUCUUCCCAAGUCGGUGGAACAAAGCAUGUCGGUUGAUCAAGCCUAUAAAUUGGCAUGCAACCACAAUGAAAUGUGGAUUGUAAGGGACGCCGAGACUGCUACCAGAUCCCAGUGUAGUGUUGAGCAAGGACCCUUUUGGGGCUAUGAAGAAGGCGAGGCCGUCUCCAUAGCUGGAGUCGUUCUUCGAGUCGAUGGCGAAGUCGAAAGUGGUGGUGAAGUUGGAGAGUUUUUUGGUGUGGUUUUCGCAGAGGAGGAAGGGUUGGCGGUAGGUGGCUCGGCCCACGCUGCCAUUUUUAACGUCAUCUUCAGCGCUUUUGGUAAGGCGGAGGAAAUGGACGUCCAUAUGAGCAUCGCCCUCGGGAAAUAUGGUGUGGAUGUCGUCUUGACUGAAGCUGGAGAAACUGAAGUUUAG